AUGUCGCGCCUAUUCCGAAUCGCCAUCGAUGGCCCUGCUGCAUCCGGCAAAAGUACAACAGCCAAACUACUUGCAAAGAAGCUCGGUUUCGGUUAUAUCGACUCUGGUGCAAUGUAUCGUGCAGUCACGCUCAAAUGCCUUGAUCAAGGGGUGAAUGUCAACCAUGCUUCCGAGGUAGAACAAGUGGCAAAGUCGGCCAAGAUUCGGUUUCCUGCUCUUGGAAAGGUGGAGCUUGACGACAAGGAUGUCAGCGAUGCUAUUCGGGAAUCGAGAAUUGUACAAAGUAUCAGCCCUAUUGCAUCCAACAAGAAUGUACGAGAGACGCUUGCCGAGCAACAACGGUCGCUUGCAAGAGGUGAUGUGGAUCAAGGAUGGCCUGGGUUUUCAUGGAAUGACAAGCAAAUUCAUGGUGUUGUGAUGGAUGGCAGAGAUAUCGGCACCGUCAUUUUACCCGAUGCUGAACUCAAGGUCUUUAUCAUUGCGGAUCCAAAAGUACGAGCACAACGUCGCUACGAUGAAUUGGCUGGUAAAAAUGCAUUGGCGUCGGGUGAAACGGUUGAAAGUAUUGCAAAGGAUCUGGCAGAGCGUGAUGAAGCUGAUCGUACUCGCAAAGUGUCUCCUUUGAAGAAAGCGGAUGAUGCAGAGGAAUUGGAUACCAGUCAUAAGACAAUUGAUGAACAAGUGGUUGAUAUUGAGAAUAUGGUGCAUAAACGUUUGAAUCACAUGUAG